GGUUAAUUUAAGAAAGCCGAUUCAGUAUUCUGAAGGAGUGAAGAAAAUGAGCAAAAAACGGGUAGGUGUAAUCCAGCGCAGCGAGGACUUUUGCAUUCCCGAAGUCGAAAAAAGUGAUAGCGGGGUGCUUUCUCCGGAGGAAUGGCCUUUACUACUGAAGAACUAUGACAAGAUGAACGUUCGUUCCUCUCACUUUACGCUGCUCGAAAGCGGGUCAACCCCACUCCGGCGGUCACUAACUGAGUACAUUAAGUAUGGUAUGAUAAACCUUGAUAAGCCUUCUAAUCCUAGCUCCCAUGAGGUUGUGUCGUGGAUCAAGCGGAUUUUAAAGUGCGAAAAAACUGGCCAUGCUGGCACAUUGGAUCCCAAGGUAACGGGUGCCCUCAUUAUUUGCACAGACCGCGCUACUCGCCUUGUCAAAUCUCAGCAGAAUGCCGGUAAAACUUACAUUGGCGUAUUACGACUUCAUGACACCGUCAGUCAAAAGAAAGUUGAUGCUGCCUUACAGCGUCUUACCGGUCCGUGCUUUCAGCGUCCUCCCCUUAUUGCUGCCGUCAAGCGCCAACUUCGCAUUCGUAACAUUUAUUCAAAUAAAUUAAUCGAAUAUGACAAGCAUCGUCAUUUAUCUGUUUUCGAGACGCACUGUGAGGCGGGGACCUACAUUCGUACCCUUUGCGUCCACUUGGGCCUUAUCCUGGGUGUGGGUGGCCAUAUGGAGGAGCUACGUCGCAUUCGUACAGGUGUUAUUUCUGAGGACGAUCACCUGUCGACGAUGCAUGAUGUCCUUGACGCUCAGUGGCUUUACGAAAAUGAAAAGGAUGAUUCCUAUUUACGUCGUGUGAUUCUGCCCUGUGAGUAUCUCUUAACUAAUUAUAAGCGUGUGGUUGUGAAGGACUCGGCUGUAAAUGCCAUUUGUUACGGGGCAAAGCUUAUGAUUCCUGGACUCUCCCGCUUUGACAACGGCAUUGAACGCGAGGACAUCAUAGUCCUUAUCACUACCAAAGGCGAGGCGAUUGCCCUCGCGUAUGCUGAAAUGUCCACUUCACAAAUGGCCUCUGUGGAACACGGCAUUGUAGCUCGAAGUAAGCGUGUUAUUAUGGAUCGGGAUACUUAUCCGCGUCGGUGGGGUCUCGGCCCUAUUGCCGUAAAGAAGCGGUCCCUGAUGAAGGAUGGCUUGUUAGAUAAGUUCGGGCGCCCACAAACUAACACGCCAUCUGAUUGGUUCUAUGUGGAUUACGGUGGUGUAAAGACGAAUGCAGAAGGCGUCCAGUAUGGUCAGCCAGUAAGGGCCAGCGGUGCGAAGCGUCCCCGCGCAGGUGAUUCGGAUAGCGAUUAA